AAGAGGGCAACGAGGCGGAUGUUGUCGUCUCUGCGAGGGCCCAAACCGGCAAGAUGGCGUCGAGUGGCGGGGAGCUUGGGGGCGUAUUCGACCACCACGUCCAAAAGGCUGUGUGCGACUCGCGGGCCAAGUAUCGGGAGGGGCGACGGCCUCGCGCUGUCAAGGUAUACACAGUCAAUUUGGAAUCUCGGUACUUACUAAUACAAGGAGUUCCUGCAGUGGGAGCGAUGAAGGAAUUAGUUGAGCGAUGUGCUUUAUAUGGUGCAAUUGAACAGUAUAAUGCUCUAGACGAAUACCCAGCAGAAGACUUUACAGAAGUUUAUCUUAUUAAAUUUCUUAAUUUACAAAGUGCAAGGAUAGCCAAGAGAAAAAUGGAUGAACAAAGUUUCUUUGGUGGAUUGCUUCAUGUGUGCUAUGCUCCAGAAUUUGAGACAGUUGAAGAAACCAGAAAAAAAUUACAAGAGAGGAAUGCUUAUGUAGCAAGAACUACUAAAAAUAAAGAUCAUUACAUGACAAAGAAGCAUACAGAUACAAAAGAUUUUAGACAGGACUUCCAUUCGAAGACCUCUGGAUUUCCUGCAGCCUCUUUGAACACAUCUAUUGGGAACUCAGAUCUUUGUCUUCCUUAUUCUUGUGAGUUGCCUUUGUGCUAUUUCUCCCCCAAAUGUACAUGUUCAUCAGGAGAACAUGUGGACAGAGCAUCAAACUCCUCUCAGGAUGGUAGAAACCAUGAUGAAACACUGGAGCAUUGUAACCACUAUGACUCCCUGCAGAAAAUGCAGAUGAAAAGUUUGAAAAAUUCAUUGGCCUUCCCUGGCGCACAGAAGGCUAUUACUACUUCAGAGGCAGUUGACAGAUUUAUGCCUAGGACAACACAACUGCAGGAGCGGAAAAGAAGAAGAGAAGAUGAUUGUAAACAUGGAACUCUUCUUGAAGCAAGUACAAGUAGUAAUGAGGUUAUGAUUGGCCCUCAGUUACCAGACAUUCCUAAAGUGGACAUGCACGAUGACUCGUUGAAUACAACAGCGAGUUUAAUUCGGAAUAAACUUAAAGAGGUAAUUUCAUCUGUGCCGAAGCCUCCAGAGGACAAGCUGGAAGAUGUGCGUGGAAGUCAUCCUUUAAAACAAAGAAGAAGAAUAUAAAUUGUCUGCAGUAAACUAAUAUUUUUAAAAGCCUAUUUAUUUUUGAUUUUUAGGCUGUCAUUUUAAUUCUUAAAGAGAUUUUACUGCUGGUAUUUUUUUUAAUGCACUCCUCUUUGUAAUUUCAUUCAACCUACUUGUCUCAUAUAGUUUCAUCUUUUAAAAUUAGUUUAUCAUGGACAAAAUACAUGCCAGCCAAUUAUGUCCCUUAAAAAAACUAAAACUUUUCCAGAAGUUCCAGCCAG